AUGGAGUUUCCUGCUGCAUACACUAAAGACAAUGUUCUGCAAGCAGCCAUUGGUAUCUUUUUCGAAAACGGACAAUCUAAGUUUGGUUUUGCAAAUGAGAUGGAAUUUGACCUUGCAAACUUUAAAAUGGAGAAAGUGGAUGUCUUAAGAGAUAACGAUGGAGUCGAAAAUCCUUUUACCAUACAAGGGUAUUUUCAGUGUUACAAGCUCUCAAAAACGCGCAUAUAUCUGAUGUCAAAAGACAAGACUAUCACUGAAGUGACCAACAGUGAGACAGAGGUCGGGUGCGCUAUUUGUUUGCACAUCGCGGUUUAUGCGUCAGAAAAAUAUGCCACACACAUUUGCGUGUGUAUGUCAUGGCAGAAAAACCGUUUGCUUUUUUUUAGAUUUGGAAAAUUUAAUACACAAAUUAUGUGCAAGAAAUGUACAAUAAAGCAAUUAGCGUUAUUUUAUAUAAAAAUUAAAUUAUAAUUAAAAAGUAAUUAUAUAGAUUGUAUCUUUGAUCAUGUUUGCUUUUGUAUUUAAGGUGAAUGCUACAUCAAAUGAUUUUCCUGCUUGGGAUGAUUUUUUUGACGAAGAAAACCAAAGUACAGUAGGCGACAGUCCACAAAUUUCCUCUCCCAUUUUCAACGAACCUACUAGUAAAAGCCAGCUUAUUGGCACAUCGGAAGAAAGAGCUUCAUUUUUCACAGAACUUGAAGGCAAAGUGCGAAGAUCGGAAUUAGCAGAUCAAGAGAAGGCUCGUGAAAACGAAAGGCAGAAAAGAGAAGCAGAACGGCGUGAAGAACUCCGUUUAUCUCGGGAAGCAAGAGUUUUUCCUGAAGUAGAAAUAGAUGAUCCAAGCCACAUGUUAGUUAAUGUACGCCAUAUUUCUUUUGGUAUUGUAACAAGGUCUUUCAAAAAAGAAUGGUCAGUCUCUGCAGUAUAUGACUGGAUAGGUUCCAUGUCUGCUCAACCAGAGCGUUUUUCGUUGACGUGUGCAAUAACAAAGAAAUUGAUUUUUCCAGACGCUAAAUGUGAGACAGUACAAAGAACAACUCUUAAUAUGAGUGAGAGAGAAAUUCCAGUUCCACUAAGUGAAGAUGAAAAGGAAGUGUUUUUUUACGCGGGCAACUCAAGUCACUUUGAAGUUACCGAUGACAAUGUCGUAACUAACGUAAGUAGUAUUCCGCCACAACAACUGCUAUCGGGGGAUGAAAAUGACAGUAGUCAAAGUUAUAACGCGGAAAUGUCGACAUACAGAAAACUUCAAGAUAUUCGCCAAACAGAACUGGACAAAAUGCAUGAGACAUGUAUUGCCCUCAUCGACAAGAGUCGGAUUGUCGAAGAAGUUCUCAAACUGUACGAGGAUGAAGCGUUGAUUAGAAAGAGAUUAUCUGUGAGCUUUGUUGAUGCCGUUGCAACUGGGAGUGGCCCUCAACGAGAAAUGUUUUCUUUAUUCUGGAAUUCCUUUUUGUCCGAAAAUGGCAUUGGCUAUAGUCAGUUUACCUUCCGUGUUCAUCCGCACUUCCCACUGGAGCGUUAUCCAAUUUUGGGACGAAUAAUCACACAUCAAUUCCUUCUGUGUGGAACGUUUCCAAUUCAGCUUGCUCGUGCGAGCUUCGAAGAAAUUGUGACAGGCAGUGCUGGAAACGAUCAUGAUUGCCUGAUGCAAUCAUUCUUGUCACUCCUUCCUCCUGGUGAGGAACAAUGUGGCGCGGCAGUCUCGUUAUAUAACAACCUUUAGCACUCAUGUAGGUUUGUAUCGCUACAAAAGACUAAACUAUUGUACAAACGCUGCAGCGGAGAUAUUUCAGUACACACUCCAAACUGCACUGCAAGGGCUUAAAGGCGUCAAGAACAUAGCUGAUGAUAUCAUUGUAUUCGGCUCAACAAGAACUGAACAUGACGCUAAUCUUGACAAAUGUCUACAACGACUUUCAAUGAAGGGCUUACGACUAAACCGAAGCAAGUGUAAUUUUCUUAGUACUACAUUGUCAUUUUUCGGACAGGUCUUUUCGAAAGAUGGUACUCAUCCUGACCCUAGGAGAGUAGCUGAUCUAUUAAAUGCACCUCAGCCAAAUAAUGCACAUGAAGUCCGGAGCUUUCUUGGCAUGGCCAACUAUAGUAGUAAUUACAUUCGAGAUUUUGCAAUACUAACUGCUCCCCUUCGUGACCUGACGAAAAAGGAUGUUCGUUUUGAGUGGACUCAAACACACCAAACUGCUUUUGAAAAGCUGAAAAACACGCUUGCAAUUGCUCCAUGUAUGUCAUAUUUCGACAAAAACAAACAAACUUUUGUAACAGUUGAUGCUAGUCCUGUAGGAAUUUCUGGAAUUCUUUCUCAGAAACCAAGAAACGGUGACGUAGACAGUCAACAGAUAAUUGCAUAUGCCAGCCGAGCGCUGACUGAUACAGAAAAGAGAUACUCCCAGACGGAAAAAGAAGCGUUAGCGAUAGUAUGGGCAGUUGAACAUUUCCAUUUAUUUCUAUAUGGAAGUGAAUUUACACUAAUAACUGACCAUAAACCUUUAGAAAUUAUUUAUGUUCAACGUACAGCCAAAACAUCUGCACGAAUUGAAUGAUGGGUGCUUCGCCUCCAACCAUGCAUAUACAUUUAAGAUAAUUUAUAAAUUAAAUCAGGUGCCAGCAACCCUGCGGACUAUCUUUCUCGUCAUCCAACAAACGAAAGCAAACGAAAGCAAACGAAAACAGGAGAAGAUGACGGAACAAUAUAUUAAUUUUAUAACUCAGAACAGUGUCCCUAAGGCGAUGACAUUACAAGAAAUAAUCAAUGCAACUAACGCAGACGCGGCACUGACGGCACUCCAUGAUGCAAUUAAAACAAACAAAUGGGAUUCCCCAAUUGUAAAACCGUUCAAAGCCGUAAAAAACGAACUUACGUCUAUCACAUACGGUGUUAUAUACUUCGAGGAACACAGAUUGUCAUUCCUGCGGCUCUACAACAACGUGCAAUAG